AUGGCAGUGGAGAUCAAUACUCUCAAGAACAGGGACAAUCACAUGCUUAAAAAUAGUGAAGGGUUUACUAUUCCUCGAGAUGAUAUCAAAGGGAACAACUCCAGUAACAAAAUAAAAACUAGAAUCGUGAGUAAUCAAGUCACACUUAAGGGAGAAAUGGAACGUCAUAGAAAUACGAGACUAUCACCAGAACCAGUUGCCUUCUACGCCUAUAUGUAUGCCAGUGAACCAAAUCCUAGUCUCCAUCAUGCUCUAAUUUUUGAUGAAGUAAAAACAAACGUAGGAAGUGGAUACAACCAAUUCAGUGGGGUGUUCACGGCCCCGAGUCCUGGACUAUACGUGUUUACGUGGACAAUAUACACGGGGAAUCAUGGACAAACAGGUUUUUUCAUUUAUGUCAACCAUGAGGUUUUAGGGGCGACGUGGGGUGAGACUGACGGUGUCGCGCGCGAUUUUGACUCUGAUUCGGGAAGCAUAGUGGUGUCUCUAAACGCCAACGACAACGUGUACAUCCGAUCAGCUAUGGCUUGUUCCACUUAUGUCAUCAGUGAUGAGGGGGCAAGGACAUCAUUUGCUGGAUGGAGGUUAAACUGAAAUGUUACAAAACAUAAGCGUCAAAUAAAAUACAGCUCAUUUUCAAUCAAGUAUAUUAUUAUUUUGUUGCUUUGCAUUAUGUUAAAAAAGAUAAUUGGAAUUUCAUUAUUUUAACUUUUUCUAAAUGCA